AUCUUUCCCUGCGCGCCUUUCAAUUUUGAAAUUUUGUUCUCAAAAAUCCCUAAAACGCAACUGUUCAACCUCAUAAAAAACUCUCAAGCUCAAUUUUUUUCCCCCAUCCAGUUAAUCAAUGGCGAGUCUCUCCGAAUACGAAGAGGAAGACCGUAAUAAGGCGUCGUCGUCGGUGGCGAAGCCGUUUAGCUCCUUCCUCGACCCCUCGGAUCCGUUGGGGUUUCUGGAGAAGGUGUUUGAGUUCGUCGCGAGGGAGAGCAAUCUGUUCAAGAGCGAUUCACUGGUGAGGGAUGUCAAUGCGGUGGUGAGAAUGGUGAAUGAUAAGGUGGAGGCGGAGGAGAGGAAAAGGAAUGAAGAAGAGAAGAAGGCUGCUGAGAGGAAGGCGGCGCUGGCGCCGGUGAAGAAAGAGGUUGUCGCGGCGGAUAAGGAGGCAGAAAGUCAACCCGAUGAGGCGGCGAAGGGGCCUCGAGCUCCUAGCAAGUUAAACGGCCCCGAGCCCCCUAAGAUGAUGACCCGGGCCGGCUACACCACUGCGGAAACCGAACUCAUUUGCACUUUAUGGGCCGAGGCGACCCUCAAUUCUCGCAAGAGUGCCGAUCAAAAGGCAAUCCCCUAUUGGGGCGAUAUCAAGAAGCGAUACAAUGUGAUUCGUCCGACCGGCACGAUGACGCGCGAAGUCAAACAAAUCAAAUCGCAUUUCCAACGGGUCCAUAAAGAUGUGAAGGUUUGGGAGGCGAUCUACGAUAAGUGCAAAAGCAAUUGGGGGAGAGACAUGAGCGACGACGAUCAAAUCGUCCUACAAGCUCAGGAGAUAUUUCAAACAAAUAAGAAUGCUCACUUCAAACACUUGUCGGCUUGGCGCAUUCUGCGUGAAUCUCAACGAUGCGCCUCCAUCAAAGAAGAGGUCAAUUCUUUGAAAAGGACGAAGAAUACCUCCGAGGGCGGGUACACGAGGUCGUGCUCUGAACCGAGCAUCACAGCUAGGCCUACAAGCCAAAAAGCGGCAAAGAAGAACAACAAAGGGAAAGAGAAGAGUAGUGAGUUGUCGUCGUCCCCGCCCAAUUGGGAAAGCAUAUUUGCUGACCACUUAGGCAGUUUAAAACAAGUGAACCGUGAUACCGUCGACCACCAGAUUUUAAUCACCGAUACUUCACGAAUGGGGGCGGUGGAAUUAGCAAGACAUAAUCGAAUGGUGAAUGAGAUUGUGAAACGUCGAGGAUGGGAUCAUUAGUUUAAUUUUUUAUUUAAAAUUUGAUUUUAGAAAAUAAGAUAAGCCACCUUAUAAAAUCUCCGGUUGUGGGGUGGCUCAGCAGAGAGCCCCUAGGUAGAGUAGAAUGAUAUGAGUCGCUUCCAGUGUUCAAUUAUCAACACAUUAAAGGAGUAUCUAACUUGAGGCUUCUUUAUUUUCCCUAGGCUUUCUUCGUAUACAAGUUUAUGAUACUCAUCAAUUGUUUUGUUU